GGAAUCGACCACCCUGACGAUCAUCAAGACCAUGGCAACCCCGCCUAACAGUCAAAUUUUUGCUUCGAAUGCGAGACCUAAGAGACUCGGCUUUACAAAGUCCCGCAACGGAUGCCGCAGGUGCAAGAAGAGACGUGUCAAGGUACGCCGUGAGCGAGUCAUUUAUUUCUUGCCCCAGCCUCUCCUCCACCUCCCAAAAUCUUCACCCAAUUCAGUCCCAUAACUUCGUUUUGCAGGCUGGAUCUGCAUGGACGACCGGUUGGCUCUCGGCUCCAAAGUUUGCCCAAAGCUUCCGCAUAAAUGCCUUUUCCUCUGACAUCAGUCUGCAGUGUGAUGAAGCGAUUCCGUGUACAGCAUGCAUUCGACACAAUACAGUAUGCAGCCUUGAGGUCCCUCAAAAUUCUGCCAGUCUGCACACAGCAGCCGCUGGCUCACGAGACAGAAGCGCCGAGGCAGGUCUACUAUCCUAAUGACGACACAUCGUGGCAUCCCUUCUGACCAAGACACAGAGUGACAUACCUCCUCCCGCC